UAAGUCAAAUGUAAAUUAUACAUGAGAAAUUCUAAACGUUUUGAUUAGGAAAACAAAAUAGAAAGAAAAUCAAUGGAGCAUUGCUUUGUAAAAUAAAGGAAAAUACCCAUAUUUUCAUUUCCCUCCACAGAUCUCCAAAUUUCCCACACGCCAAACCCUAAUUUCAUCACUUCCUCUAUAAAAUUUCCCAAAUUUUCUUCAUCUAAUCUGUCUUUUUUUUUUUUUUGGCGGUUUAGCCCUAUCUCUCAAAGCCAGAGAUCGAAUAUAUCAGCCGAUGAUUCAAGAAUAUUCAUGGAUUUUCACCACGCUAUCUUCCUUCACGGACGAACGUAACACUUGCGAUGCCAGAGCUGCAUAGCCAGGCUCGCAGAAAUCGGGCAUCCAUUAACGCAAACCCGACUGGUAGACUCCCCCGACCUGAUUCCAUCAAGUGUACUGUUCGCACACGCCGGUGGAGAACCGCACAGAAUAGGAAACCAAAAGACGCGUUCCUUGCUGCCGUUGAUGGUAACAAGUUCAACGACAAAGAUAACGAACACAAUAAUAUCGUGAGUGGUGCUGGUUUUGAAACGCUGCCGUUUGCAAGGAAGGAAGGAAGGAAGACGAGGAUAUUAAAGAGCUUAGGGUUUUCGGAGAAGAGGUUGCCGUGAAAAAAGAUGGACGAGUUCGAUAGCGGCGGCCGUAGCGGUGAUAAGGACCCCGGGGCAGAAGAUGAAGGAAGCACCGCUCCGCUUCCCGAGAAGGUUCAGGUAGGCGGUUCCCCAAUGUAUAGAAUAGAAAGAAAAUUGGGGAAAGGAGGCUUUGGACAAGUAUAUGUUGGUCGACGAAUUGGAGCUGGUCCUGGAGCUUUAGAGGUAGCUUUAAAAUUUGAACACAGAAGCAGCAAAGGAUGUAAUUAUGGGCCACCAUAUGAGUGGCAAGUUUACAAUGCACUUGGUGGUAGCCAUGGUGUCCCUCGAGUUCAUUAUAAGGGCCGGCAAAGUGAUUACUAUGUUAUGGUUAUGGAUAUGCUUGGACCUAGUUUAUGGGAUGUUUGGAAUAAUAACUCGCACACGAUGUCCAUUGAAAUGGUUGCAUGUAUAGCCAUUGAGGCCAUCUCAAUCUUGGAGAAGAUGCACUCCAGAGGAUAUGUUCAUGGAGAUGUGAAACCUGAGAAUUUCUUGCUUGGUACUCCAGGAACUCCGGAUGAGAAAAAACUUUUUCUUGUUGACCUAGGAUUAGCAACCAGGUGGCGAGAUAGUUCAAGUGGUCAACAUGUUGAGUACGAUCAACGUCCAGAUGUUUUCAGGGGAACUGUACGCUAUGCUAGUGUGCAUGCUCAUCUCGGUAGAACUGGUAGCAGGAGAGAUGAUCUGGAGUCUCUGGCCUACACACUUAUUUUUCUCCUCCGUGGUCGUUUACCUUGGCAAGGAUAUCAGGGUGAAAACAAAGGCUUUCUUGUUUGUAAGAAGAAGAUGGCAACUUCCCCAGAAACUUUGUGUUGCUUUUGCCCUUUGCCUUUCAGACAGUUUGUUGAGUAUGUGGUGAAUUUGAAAUUUGAUGAGGAGCCGAAUUAUGCAAGAUAUAUCUCUCUUUUUGACGGGAUUGUUGGUCCAAAUCCAGAUAUUAGACCAAUAAAUACUGAUGGUGCUCAGAAGCUUAUAUAUCAAGUAGGACAAAAGAGAGGAAGGUUAACGAUGGAGGAGGAAGAGGAUGAGCAGCCAAAGAAGAAGGUUCGAAUGGGAAUGCCUGCAACACAAUGGAUUAGUGUGUACAAUGCUCGUAGGCCCAUGAAGCAAAGAUAUCAUUACAAUGUGGCAGAUGUGAGGCUUCCCCAACAUAUCGAGAAAGGUAAUGAAGAUGGAUUAUUUAUCAGCAGUGUGGCCUCUUGUUCAAACCUAUGGGCUCUUAUUAUGGAUGCUGGCACCGGCUUCACUGCUCAAGUUUAUCAACUCUCACCAUACUUUCUACACAAGGAAUGGAUUAUGGAGCAAUGGGAAAAGAAUUACUACAUCAGUGCUAUUGCAGGAGCAAAUAAUGGGAGUUCAUUAGUUGUAAUGUCUAAGGGGACCCAGUAUUUACAGCAAUCCUACAAAGUCAGUGAUUCAUUUCCCUUUAAGUGGAUCAACAAAAAAUGGAGGGAGGGUUUUUAUGUGACUGCCAUGGCCACUGCUGGAAGCAGAUGGGCAAUUGUCAUGUCACGUGGUGCUCCGUUUUCUGACCAGGUUGUAGAGUUAGAUUUUCUCUAUCCUAGUGAAGGUAUUCACAGGAGGUGGGACGGUGGCUAUCGCAUCACUUCAACUGCUGCAACUUGGGAUCAAGCUGCUUUUGUUCUCAGCGUUCCUAGAAGAAAACCUGCAGAUGAAACUCAGGAGACCCUUCGAACUUCUGCUUUUCCUAGCACUCAUGUAAAGGAGAAAUGGGCGAAGAAUCUCUAUAUUGCAUCAGUUUGUUAUGGUCGAACUGUUUCAUGACCCGGCAAAGUUUUGUUCAGAUGCCACUCAUUUUGUUUGCGCAACAAGGGACAGAUCUACCGCUUCACUUUUAGAGAACUAAGCUAUUUAGUCAAGAUUGAUUGAUCACAGCAUUUGGGAGUUGAUGUAUGCACAAUUCUACUUCUUUGCCACGAUCAUGUGGCAUCUAUUUAAAAACCUGUGCACUGUCAUUCAAUCAAGUCAGAAUCUCUGUGAGCUAAUUUCUGAUCUUUUGUCCCAUUCGGUGCAACAUAUGUUCUUAUUUGUAUAGUUUUGAAAUCAUAAUUUCUUGGUUGAAGGCUAGUGCACAGGUUAAGUUCUAAUUGUUGAUGGGUGUUUGAGGAAAUAUCAAUGGCGAUUUUAUGCUGGACUCUUUAAGUGCUUUGGGUCAUAUGAUCUGUAUUAUGUCUAGUGUCUAGCCUUGUUUUCUGGACUAGAAGAUCAUUAUGAUCUUUUACCCUUUUCAUGGAUGUCUGAUUUGAUCCUAAAGAAGAGAAAAAUGUUACUUAUUUUGUAUAUUUUGAACAACAGUAUGUAAUGGGAUAUCACAUCACUUGUGCUAUAGAUGAACCUUAUAUUCUCGUUUCUCUAAAAUCUAAUUCAGGAUACGCAGCUCAUGAUUCUAUUGAAUUUCUUGUGGAUGGUUGGAGCAAACAAGCGCCUAGAAUUGGAUCCAUCCAUUUGCCAAACGCUCCAUAUUUCGAAGUACUUUUCUUGGAUGUUUUCAUUCCAUUAUUUCUUUUCUUCAUAAGUGGGGAUCCCAUGCUUUUGUUUUGACUAGGUGUAUGGUAGAGGGGUUGCAUUUUGAUAUUUUAAUGUACCAGUAUCUAGUACCCUACUAGCCUUUGAAUCCAAUGUUGUGGUAAAUUUGGAACUGUUUGCUGAUGUAGUCUGAUAAUGCAAUGUGCAGUUUAGUUCAUAAAGCUGUACUCUGGAAUUUAGACUUGAAUGUUAUGCAUUGAUUAGUCCAAGGCUCAAAAUUGUGAGCCUGUGAGGUGCUUUUUUUAUUAUUAGCAGAGGUCAAGCUCCAUGCCCGAGAAAUGCAGCUGAUGCCCUCUUGUAAGGAACUGCUACUGAUUACAGAGACCAGCCAACAGUUGAUUUGGUACAGCUUCAGGUUAAUUCCUCCUUGAAUGUUUAAACAAUCUGUUUUUCAUGUCCGUUAAAAGGGGCUGGGACCAUAUAGCAUAUUGAGGUAAGCGAAAUGAGUUGCUUGAGAAGAUGACAAUGAUUUUCCAACAAAAAGAAACAGAAAAAAGAAAUCCUGUUAUGACUGGCAAUAAGCCGAAUGAUCCUUUUGUGGAAUAUUGUGUUUUUGACUAGAAAUCUACUGUUAUUUUAUUAAGAACAAAUUUUGACUUGAAAA